UCCGGCGUGAGUUCUGGUAAGUUCGAGAAGGCGCGUGGUGAGCUGAUCGAACUGGUAAUGGAUCAGGCGAAGGUCAAUGAACUUAAAGAAAAGGGCAAUCAAGCCCUAACUGCUGGAAAGAUAGAUGAUGCCAUUAUAUGUUACAGCGAAGCCAUUAAGCUGGACCCCAAGAAUCACGUACUUUACAGCAAUCGGUCUGCUGCUUAUGCAAAAAAGGGGGCGUAUCAAAAAGCCUAUGAGGAUGGAAGCAAAACUGUUGAGAUUAAACCAGACUGGGGCAAGGGUUACUCGAGGAAGGCUGCAGCCUUGGAAUUCCUUAAUCGCUUUGAAGAAGCAAAGAAAACCUAUGAGGAGGGCCUGAAACACGAACCAGGAAAUCAACAGCUGAAAGAUGGAUUGCAAAAUGUAGAUGCCAGACUAGCGGAAAAGAAAUUCAUGAAUCCAUUUGCUUCUCCAAAUCUGUACCAGAAGCUGGAGAAUGACCCCAGGACUAGGGUGUUGCUAAGUGAUCCUAGCUAUAGGGAGAUGAUUGAGCAGCUGAAAAACAAACCUUCUGAUUUAGCCACGAGACUGCAAGAUCCUAGAGUUAUGACAACGUUAAGUGUUCUGCUUGGAAUUGAUCUGCAAGGUGCAGAGGAGGAAGAAGAGGAGACUCCAGCUCCACCUCCACCUCCACCAAAGAAGGAAACCAAACCUGAGCCAAUGGAGGAGGAUCUCCCUGAAAAUAAAAAAAAGGCAUUGAAAGAGAAGGAAUUGGGCAACAAUGCCUACAAGAAAAAAGACUUCGAAACUGCAUUAAAGCAUUAUGAGCAGGCUGCUGAACUUGACCCCACGAGUAUGACCUAUUUAACCAACAAAGCAGCCGUGUACUUUGAGCAAAAUGAAUUUGACAAAUGCCGCGAAAUCUGUGAAAAAGCCAUUGAAGUAGGACGGGAAAACCGUGAAGAUUACAGGCAAAUCGCAAAGGCAUACGCACGAAUUGGAAACUCCUACUUCAAGGAAGAAAAGUACAAAGAUGCUGUUCAGUUCUACAACAAGUCUCUCGCAGAGCAUAGGACUCCGGAGGUCUUAAAGAAGUGUCAGCAAGCUGAAAAGAUCCUAAAGGAUGCAGAGCGGGCGGCUUACAUCAAUCCUGAGCUUGCCCUUGAAGAAAAGAAUAAAGGCAAUGAAUUCUUCCAGAAAGGUGAUUACCCACAGGCAAUGAAACAUUACUCAGAAGCUAUUAAACGCAAUCCUACCGAUGCUAAACUCUACAGUAACCGAGCAGCGUGCUAUACCAAGCUCUUAGAAUUCCAACUAGCUCUGAAGGACUGUGAAGAUUGUAUCCGCCUUGAUCCUACAUUUCUUAAGGGCUACACAAGAAAAGGAGCAGCCCUUGAAGCCUUGAAGGAUUUCUCCAAAGCCAUGGAUGUAUAUCAGAAAGCGCUUGAGCUGGACUCGAAUUCCAAGGAAGCUUCUGAAGGUUAUCAGCGCUGCCUCAUGAUGCAGUAUAACCGGAAUGACACUCCAGAAGAAGUAAAGCGCCGUGCCAUGGGUGAUCCAGAGGUGCAACAGAUCAUGAGUGACCCUGCAAUGAGGUUGAUCUUGGAGCAGAUGCAGAAAGAUCCUCAGGCACUAAGCGACCACUUGAAGAAUCCUGUUAUAGCCCAGAAGAUUCAAAAACUCAUCGAUGUUGGUCUCAUUGCAAUCCGGUGAUGACUCUUAAGAUUUCAGCAGAGAUGAGACUAGGACCGUCUGACAGGAACAUGCCCUGUGGGAAUUUAGGGGAGGGUGGGUAAAAGGAAAAAAAACAUUUAAAGCAGCCAAAAUAAACAGUGUACAGCAUCUCAUCUUUGUUUUUAUUUGUGACAUCUGAUUAUUUUGUGAUCUAAUGGUAUUUAGCACAAUCUUGGUGCAAACCUAUAGCCUGUGCACUUUCUGUAAUUUUAUUUUUCCAUUUUUAAGAAGACAGUAUGAAAUAUGCAUCUCUAUUGCUGAUGUAACCUUGCAGUAACCGUAGAGAUGAGGUUUUCAAAUUUUGCAGUUUAUCGCAUGCGAAGAGUUGCAUUAAAGUGUUGUAUCCAACUA